AUGGCCGAGCCCAAGGCCGACGACGAUGAUCUCAGGCGCGAGAUGAAGAAGGCUGCGAAGAAGGCCUCCAAGAAGGCGGCGCCAGACGCGGGCCCGACGAUUGCGACGCCAAAGACACCGCCGGCUGCAACGCCAGGCAAGCCCAAGACGCCGCCCGCCACCGCGACCAAACCGCCUUCCAUGACAGACGUGCCAAAGAUGAACCUCUCGAAUCUUGGCGCGGCCGAGCCCAAGCCCUCCAGCACCGCCGGCGACGACAAGGCCAAGAAGAAGGCGUCGAAAAAACGACCUGAUCCGGGUGCCGGGCCCGCGCCGACCGCGACGGCCAUUCCAGCGACACCGACACCGGCCGUGACGUCGCCGACCAGCGCUGCCGUACCCAAGGACGACGAAGAAGAGAAGGCGCGGCAAGCGGCGCGGCGCGAGGCCAAGCGCCAAAAGCAAAAGGAGCUCGAAGACGCCAAGCGCCGAAAGGACGAACUCGAGAGACAAGCGCUCGAGCUUGCGCGCCGCGAGGAAGAGGCCCGGCAGCGCGAGCUCCGUAAAGCGCAGGAGCUGGCGGCGCUCAAUGCCAACGCCGAAGAGUGCCAAGAAGAAGAAGACUAUGACGACGAUUUCGAGAACUACGAAGGCGACCGCACGGACGAGCCAGCGAAAAAGGCUGCGAAAAGCAGCAACAACGAUCCCGGCGAGGACAACAAACCCGACGAAGAGACGGUCAAGAAGAUCCGCGAAGCGCUCCAAGCCGAGAGCAAGUCGCGGUCGUCGACGCCAUCGUCGUCAUCGGCCAAGUCGACGUCGCGGGCCGAGUCGAAAGACGCCAAAAAAGCAUCGUCCAACAACGUUGUCUCGUCUUCGAUUGCGGGCUUGAAGCAGGCCGUGGACCCGCGCGCGAAGCGUAUCAAGGAAAUCCUCGAAAAGAAGAAAUUCGACGUCGAAAAGUUUGAUGUGUUCCAACUUGCACCGGCCAAUGCCCUCGACAAGUACAUGCAGCAGCUCCGCCUCGGUGCGGUCCGCCAAGUGUUUGUGCAGACCAACGAUGACGCGCGCGGCGUCAGCACGCAGACCGAGCACGGUGACGCCAAGGACUUUGGCAUGCACUUUCCGGACGACCGGGGUCACGACGACAUCGAGAGCAGCACGACGUCGUCACGGCACUUUAUGACGUUCCUCGAACGGGCAGCGCACGUUUGCGAAGUGCUGGCCGAGGAGAAUAUUGUACAUAGUAUUCGAGUCGCGUCGCGCAAGGACGGCGCCGAGACCAGUCGCCAGCCUAGCACACGCAAGCUCACGCAGCUCGAGACGACGCAGGUCGAGACGAAGGCGCAGCCGCUCUUGGCUGACCGAACCCUUGUCGACGUGACCUUUUCCGUGACGGUCUCGCACUGGCUGCUCGCCGCGUACGCGCCCAGCGUCGACAACAACAACGAGAGUGCAGCGUUUAGCGACAAGUCGAUCUUGUGUGUGUGGGACGUCAACCAAGUCGCGUCGCCGCUUCGGUGGUUGCGCGCCGAGGGCAACGUGACAUGCUGCAGUCUGGGCCCGAACCGAGACCUCUUUGCACUCUGUGGCACAGAAGAAGGCGACGUGCAGCUCUGGGACCUCCGCCACCCAUCGUUCGUAGUCCAUGUCGGUGGCCGCCGUGUCAAGGUCGCGCCACCGUCGUACGCGACGGCCGGGAUGAAGUACGCGCGCAACAGCCACGCGUCGCCGAUAUGCUCGGUGGUGCCGAUGCCGUCUGGGAAAAAAGGCGCCAACUUCCAAAUCGGGUCCCUCGACAACCGUGGACGUGUGAUUCUCUGGGGCAUUGUCGAGUCGGCGGCCGAUGCGACCGAGUACGUCUUGUCUUGUAACAAAGCCCGAGUCCAUCUUGGUAGCGCACUGGGCAUGGACAGCUGCGUGGAGAUUGGUGGGCGCGUGCGCUUGGUCAAGACGUCGGUCAUCGAGACGGCCCCGACCGUCGCAUUUGGCCCGACCGCGACGCUGCUUGCCGUGCUCCCCUCGGACACGAGCUUGUACGAUCCGCCUGUCGUAUCGCUAAGAAACGAGAGUCCCCUUGUCGUACAUAGGUUUGUCGUCGGGUCCCAUACCGGCAAGCUCCAGCUCCAUAGCCGCUUUGAGAAGAAGCUGCCGGUCAAGGCCUACCUCAGUGAUCCGUGUGCCGGCGCCGUCACCGCCGUGGCGUUUAGCCCCUUAUUGCCAACGUACUUGCUCGUGGGGUACGCCGACGGCAGUGUCCGCCUCUUUGACAAGGGCCUCGCGCACGCGAUUGCGAGCUGGGCCGAGGCACCGACAAGCCGCGUGCAUGUCGCCGGGCUGCAAUGGUCGCCGUCGCGCAGUGCAGUCUUUUUCGUUCAUUAUUCGAACGGGGACCUUGGCGUCUGGGACCUCUUGGCGUCGCACAUGAGCUCCGUGCUCGUCCAGCGUGUGACGACGCCGAGCGCCAUCAUGCGCCUGUCGAUUGCCGCCGACGUGGUCAAGACGUGCCGGCCGAUGCUGGCCGUGAUCUCGCCAGAGUCGCCCAACCAACUGCGCCUGCAUGCCCUCUGUCCGUCCUUGACAAGCUCAAGUGCCAAGGAAGCGCACGCUGUCCACGCAGUGCUCCAAGGGGUCGUAUAAAGGAAAAAGAACAGAUAAUACAAAAGUCAUAUUGACCA